UUGCUUUGUUUCGGGUUCAAUCGUCCAAAUUUGUCGUGUUAAAAAUUUACGCAAAAUAAAUAAAAAAUGGAAACAACCGAAAAAAUCAAUUCAAAGGAACGUAUCAAUCCGGAACCACCAGAUGUCACCGUUAGCGAACCGCAAGAAUCUCCGCUAGAUGUCACCGACAGCGACGAAUCGCCACCAGAUGCCGUUGCGCUCGAUCUUCCCCCAGAACCUAUUCGGUUGCGCAUCUGCCCGUUCCGUGGGGCCGACUCGCAGUCCACGAUCGUGGACGAGUCGGAGGAGUUUCCGGAACCGGUCGACCCGUGGAAGCGGCUCGCCGAAGACCGCGAACGGGACCGCAAGCGCAGCUUCGUGGAGCUUUACCUUACCGAGUGUCGCAAGUACGGGGUCACUCCGCUAGGGUACGUGCGGGACGUGCUGGGUCGGGUCGAUGCGGGCCCGCCGGAAGUGGUCGAGGUCGAUUUGAAUCGCUUCGGGCUUAGCAAUCUCCAGACGCAGAUCGUGCUGGACUGUUUGGCGGUAGCAUGUCCGGAUCGGUUGGCGCUGGUGGAUUUGAGGUAUAACCUGUUGAUGAGCGUUCCGAUGGCGGAAGCGGUGGCGAAUUUGCUUCAGGCGUCGCAGAACAUCCGGGAGUUGGAUCUGUCGCAUAAUCGGUUGAGCGACGAUCAGGUCGUGGCGAUUUUGGCCAAGGCUCUGUCGACUUCGAGCGUUUGGAGGUUGAACCUGGCUCGGUGUCAUAUUAGCGAUGCUGGAGGAGCGGUAUUGUUUGGGGAGUUGGUGCUGUCGGAAGUCCGGGAAGUAGACGUCAGUUGGAACCGGUUGGAGCAUCGGAGUGGGGUCGCUGCAGGGUCGUUCCUGGCGGGAUGCCCGACGGUUGAGGUCUUAAACUUGGAGGGGAACCUGUUGUAUGUGGAGAAGGAGAGCAUCGUUCCGUUGUUGAAGCAGUUGACCAAGAACGAGGGACUGAAGAGUCUGAAUCUGGCCUGGAACGCCCUCCGAGGUCCAUUGUUUGGGCAGGCACUGUUCAAGGCAUUGACGACCUGUAAGUUGGAGGUGAUCAACCUCGAGAUGAACUGUAUGCGAUCGGAAGAAGCUGCGUUUCUGUUGAAGAUCCUCAGAAAGGGCGAAUCGCUGCGCGAGAUCUACCUCGGUGGAAACUUCUUCGGCGAAGACGAUCUCAAGGAACUGGUCAAGUUCUUUGGCAGGAAUCCCAACUUGAAGGUUCUAUCGCUGGGACGGUAUCAGUUCGUGAACAAGAUCGCUGGAAGGCUCUCCCGCCGCUUCAUGAACCGCGAUCCGUCCAAAACGAUCAGCUACCAGGGCGUCCUGAUGGCGAACCCACCCCGCCCGGUAGACGUUCCGGAGAUGCUGCUCGAUCGGUGCCGCUUCCUGGGCUUCAAGCCGAAAAAGAAGAAGCUCAAGCGCGACCUGGGUCAUCUGAUGCUGCAGCUGCAACAGCUGGAGAGUGCCCCGCUCGAGCGGGAUGCCUUCGUCGCGGCGGUGAAAAAGUUCCGUAUCAAACUGGAUCGGCCGCUGCUGGAGGCGCUGAUGGAUGCGUUUCCGACCGGGAAGAGACAGGUCGACGGAGCGGCCAUGGCCGUCAAGUACUUGGGCAAAUAUCCGACGGAACCGCCACCGCCGAAGGUGAAGAAGGCUAAGAAAAAGAAGGGGAAGAAGGGAAAAAAGAAAAAGUUUUGAAUAUAUGAGCGAUAUGUUGUGUCAGCGAUUUUUAAACUUUGAUGAUGAGAAAGCUUGC